CAAGGUUUUCUAAAUGAUGCAUCCCUUGGUUGCCAUAUACAGGCUGCUCUGUAUUCAUGAAAAUCAUUCUCUUCGCUUCAUUUUGGCAAUGCUGCUGGCUGCAGGGCAGGGAGUAAAGCGCUAAAACCACAGCAGAUUGAACUCGAUUUUCUACCUCUCUGGCCCUAGGAGCGACCUUUGAAGAGAGGCCCUGAUCAGAAUUCACUGUCUUCUCCUAUAGCAAAAUGCCCAUUUAUGUCAUGUUCUUCCCUAAAAACCCUACAUUCCCUCUACCAGGGUUCUUUCCCAUUCUACAGGCUGCCCUCAGAAGUUGGCCACUUUUCUCUUGAUGAAAACCGUCAGUACCAUCAGGAUAACAGAAAGUUACGUUAUUACAGCCCUCCAGUAGGAAUAAGGAAAAAAGACUCACCUGGUUGGAAUGUAAUGGAUGGUUAUGAAUCCCACUAUGUACGCAGGAAUGAGGAAGAAAAAGAGGGUUUGCUUCACAUACUGACAUGGUUAGAGAAGAACCAAAGUGUCCUAGGAACACAUGUGGAAGGUGGCAGUAAACGGCCUAUUGAUCGAGAUUUUGUCACCUGGCGGGGCCACCUCACAAAGCUCCUUUGCACUCCUUAUGAGACACAGGAAGGCUGGCUUUUAGCUGUCACUCUGUUCAAAGGAACAUUUUAUAUAAGUGAAAGGGAAACAGAGGCAGCACGGAAGAAAAGGGAAGAGAGGACACAGGAACAGGAAAGGCUCAUGUACUCUGGUUACAAAUUUGAAAGUUACAUUUGUGCAGAUGGACCAUAUGGAUCAGAUCAGAUGGAUAUUUUGCAAGACAACCUGAAACUUCGAACAGUGCCAGACUCCCCAGACAGACAGCCUUCCCAGUCUGCAGUAGUUAAUACCAAUGAGGCAUAUUGCAGUGUGUUACUGGCUCGACUUACCUCACACUCGCUUCUGAUUUCGGGGGAGGUGGACUGUACUGACCCAUCAGCCAAGAGCAGUAUCCCUCCAUCUUCUUACAUAGAGUUGAAGACUAGUGCCCAAAUCCGAAACCCUCACCAACAAAGAAGUUUUAACAGGUACAAACUACUAAAAUGGUGGUGUCAGUCCUUUCUUCUUGGAAUUCCGAUCAUUGUUGCAGGAUUUCGUAGCCAAGAGGGAAAAAUUGUGUCUUUGGAGACCUUCAAGACAUCAGACAUACCUCACCUUGUCCGGGGCGAAAGAAACAGCUGGGAUCCUGCCGUGUGCAUGAAUUUCUGCAACAAAUUCUUGUCUCAUAUAAAAGCUGUGGUGACUAAAGAUGACCCUCGGUUAGUUUAUCUCUUCGCGUGGGAGCCAGGUUCUGAUGUCACAUUCACUGUACACAAUGAUCCCGAAUAUACAAUUCUACCUUCAUGGUAUGUGAAAGCAAUGAACUGAAAAAUACUAUGAAAGCUACAGGCCCUUUUUUUACAAUUAGAAUCCGCUACAUCAGUGAGGACUUUUCAAUGCAGCUUACAAAUGAUGGGUGAAGACUGGAACUUACUUACUAAGGACAAAUCAUUAGCACAACAGUAUAUCCCCUUGUUCAAUACAAGUUAUGUGAAUAUGGCUUGAGCUGAACAUACUUUUUGCCUUUUGUUUUAAUUAAGAAAAAUCUCUUGUUAUUUGAGGUAAAAAUGAAGCUACUUACUCCAUAUUUCUAAUAGGGGUGCACCAAAUCCAGGAUUCGGUUCAGUAUUUGGCCAGGAUUCGGCCUUUUUGGGCAGGGUUCAGAUGCAGCCUAAUCCACAGUCCUGGCCAAACCGAAUCCAAAUUAGCAUAUGCUAAUUAGGAUUUGGAAGUGUUAACUGUCAGCUUGAACACGGAAGUAAAACAGUUUACUCCUUCCAGAUACUAAUUAGCACAUGCCAAUUAGGAUUCGGUUCGGUAUUUGGCCAUAUCCCUUGGGAUGGAUUCGGGCUACGGUGCAUCCCUAAUUUCUAGCCUCUUGGUUGUUGUGAGGCAGUUAAUUAGAUUACAAGUGUACAGAAAAGUCUGCUUCAUAAUGGAUUUAUGCUGAUCUAUAUGUCAGAACACUUGCAAAGAGAUGAAGGUCUGGGCUUUUUUUGGGACUCAUUAUCUAUACUUUAACUUCUAGUUACAGAUUCAUUUUUAAAAUUCAGAAUUGCCAUAAUGUGUUUAACAUGUUCUAUUUAUUCUGUUAAUGUAAAAAAAGGUGCAUAUUGCUCCUUUAAAUAGACAUCAUACCCCCUUGUCCAGCAUGAUUUUAAUGAAAAGGGCUUCUGCUGAACAUAAUUUUUGCUUUUGUUUUAAUUAUUUGAAAAAAAAAAAUGGUUUUCAUUAAUUUAUGUGGCACAGGGUGCAAAAGGCAUCCCUUGUGGAUGCAAGGCAGGCGAUAAGUACAGGGCUCCCUCUCCUGCCAGGCUAACUCUGAACUUAGAGCAAGUUAGGGGGCAGGAAAGGGAAGCCAACAGGCUGCCUGCUGCCCACCCCUCAUGAAUGCAACACUGAUGGAAUGUGUGGGAAGAG